UUAUUAAACAACUUUCGUGUGUCACACAUUUCUUCGCAGCAGCAACCCGGGAUUUUGAACAACUGGGGGUGGUGAUGAGGGUGGCAUACAUUCAGGCGCGAGGACCUUAAGGACUGCCAUCUUACGCGCGGCACCGUCAUUUCUUCGCCAACUUUCGAGCGAGAGAAAAGUGCGUGCGAGCUCGUCGUCGUCGUCGUCGUUUGCUACCAUCCCCCUUUUGGAGGUGGUGGUGGUGGACCCCUAGGUCCACUUCUUUUUUACUAACCCCCCCUUUGACGGGGGGUCCCUCGAUCGGAAGUGCGGAAAAAAGUAAUUGUGAAGGAAGAAAAAAAAACGCGCAACCCUUUUCGAUUUUUUUGGCUCAUUUUGGGAGAUUUUCGGCAAAUAAUCUCCCACUUUUCGGCUUUGCAACAAAAUGGUGUGAAAAAAAAAGAAGAAAAUUUUUCAAGAAUAAAAAGUGCAAAGAAACAAAGAGUGCUUUGAAAAAAAAAACAAAAACCAGCAACAACAAAAAACCGCUAGGAAAAAUGCUUAAAAAUUCAAAAUUUUCCCCCUAACCUCAAAAUUGAGAGCAACCUACCGCGCGUCUCCAUUCGACACACAGCAACACAAAAAAACGCAAGAAAAGCUCAAAUCGGUGUGCAAUUGUGAUAAAUUGAGCAAAAGAGCAAAAUGUUUUCGAUUGAAUCAAUUUUAAAGUCUCAAAUCUCCCAGAGGUAGUGUAGAUAAGAUUCCAGGGUUUGCACUGGUUUGCAUACACAAAACAAAAAUCAACAACCAACCAACAAACAAAAAAGUAACGAAACAAAAUACAAACAAAAACCUACAAAAGCAAACAAAACCACCAAACACCUCCUAUUUUAAAACAAAGCCUAACAAACCGAAACAACAAAGUAACAAAACAAUAGCAAAACAAAACAAAAUAAAGUAACACACAAACAAACCGAAACUAGUGCCAAAAAAAAAAACAAAACAAAAAAGCAGAGUGGGGAUAUGAGCAGUAUUUGCGUGUUCUACCACGGGCGGUAUUUGAUGAAGACUCGGACCCCGUCGCGGGUCCCCCCAAUGUUUGCUAGUAAUUCGGCAGCAGUUUUCAGUACUACUACUGUACCUCUGCUACUGCUACUACUUCUACCACUGUUACUACCACUACCACUACUGCUACUACCGCUACUGUUACGGCCAAACAAGCAAUUGAACGCUGUCGAGAGUCAGAAUGCAGAUCCAGCACGUGAGGGACCUGUGCGCGGUGCCGGGGGCCGCGGCGGAACUCAACUGCACCGGUGAUAUCCUGUCGGUGCAGAACCUGCUGCCGCAGCUGGCCCCACCUCCCGAGAACAAACCGCACCAGUGCCAGCAGUGUCUGAAGAGCUUCUCCUCCAACCACCAGCUGGUCCAGCACAUCCGCGUCCACACCGGCGAGAAGCCCUACAAAUGUUCCUACUGUGAUCGCAAGUUCAAGCAGCUGUCGCACGUCCAGCAGCACACGCGGCUGCAUACCGGCGAGCGCCCGUACAAGUGCCACCUGCCGGAGUGUGGCCGCGCGUUCAUCCAGCUGUCGAACCUGCAGCAGCACCUGCGCAAUCACGACGCCCAGGUCGAGCGGGCCAAGAGCCGGCCCUUCCACUGUAACCUGUGCGGCAAGGGCUUCGCGACCGAGUCCAGCUUGCGGACGCACACCUCGAAGGAGUUGCAACUGCACCUCGGCGUUCUCCAGCAGCACGCGGCCCUGAUCAGCAACUCGAACAGCGUCACGUGCAACGUCUGCAGCAAGAUCUUCCUCGGCGUGGACGCCCUCAACGAACACAUCAAGUACUCGCACAAAGAAGUGGCUGAGUACAGCACUAAAUGUCUUGAGGAACUGAAACAAAGCAUUUCUUACACUCCAGUGAAGCGCAGGGUCGCGAACCAUCCGUGUCCGAUGUGCGGCAAGCACUACGUCAACGAGGGAUGCCUGCGGAAGCACCUGCUGACCCACCCGCGGACACCCGGCGGCACGCCCGGUGGCCUCGGCGGGAUGGGCGUCGGCGGCGGCAUGGGAGGCGGCGUGGGCGGCCCGUUCCGGUCGAACCUGCAGAUGUGGCCGUGCUCGGUGUGCCAGGCGGUGUUUACGCACGAGACGGGUCUCAUCACCCACAUCGAGCACAUGAAGAUGGACCCGAAGCACCAGUUCGCCGCCCAGUACAUGUUCUCGAAGGCGGUCGCCGAGCAGCGGGAAAAGGAAUCGCAGAUGCAAAUGGGCGGCGGUGGAAACGGAAACGGUUCCGGUCCGUCGAUGAUCUCCGUGAAGGAACUCACGCAGAACAGCAUCUCGCCGUUGAACUACUCGGAGAAUUCCUCCACGAUGGGCUCCGAAAAGAACGGCGAAGGCGGAGGUGGUGGUGGCGGAGGAGGAUUCGAGAACCACCGGUUGUCAAAUGCGGCGGCCGCAGCCGCUGCCCGCGGGCAUCCGUUCGGGGUGGUUCCCGGGGACAAUAACAACAGCCAGUUCUCGCGGAUGAUGAUGCUGCAAGAGCCGAAGUUUGAUCCGGAUUUGAUGCUUCCGACGGAUGGAACCUCGUCGGCGGUGCAGGCCGCGGUUGUCAAUUUGGCCACGGCCAUGCGGAUCGGGCAGACGUUCAAGAACAACUCGAUGCACGGGGAUCACCACCUGGGACAGCCGAAUCUGGGCGGACCGCUGAAGAAGAAGAGUAAUUUCAUCAACUUCAACGAGAUGAAGUACCCGUUGGCGAACCGGCAGAACUACCCGUCCGCGGGGGAUUCCCCGGUGGGCGCGGGUGGGCUCGGUCAAGGUGGAGGUGGGGGAGGGGGCGGCGGCACCGGCAGUGGCCAGAACCCGUGCGGACCUUCCUCCGAAACGGCCAUCCGGAUACAGCAGGCGGAGGCGAUCCUCCGGUCCCAGGCGGAAGCUGCCCUCCGGUUGGCCGUUUCGCAGGCCCAGGCCGUAGUGUCCUCGAAUGCCGGCGGCGGCAUCAACUCGGGCGCCGGUGGCCAUCACCACCUGGGACCGCUCGGUAACUCACUCGUGGGCAGGUGCAAUGACGAGAGCAGAUCCAACGAGAACUGUCCGCCCUUUGGCGACCCGAACGGGGACCAUCUGAGGGCGGUCAUGAGGGAACACCACGCCCAUCAACAGGCCCAACAGCAGCAACAACAGCAACAGCAGCAGCAAAACAGCGACGAGUGCCAUCAGUUCUCGCAGAGUCCGGUGCCGCGGAAUGGGCUGGAUCUGACCGACGAGUUCCUAAAAAGUGAAAACGUACUGAAAGGGUGAGAGUAGAUGUAAAUUUUGAUGCCAUAUUAUAUUUAAUUUAAAUCAAUACAAAACGAGACAGAAUCAUUGCGAGAGAUGAUGCAAAACUAAGCGAGGAGAAGGAGUGGAGAACAAUAGCAAAAAGAGAUUAAACGAAAAGAAGAAGAAGAAAAAGUGUAAAACAGCAUAGCGAGAAAGAAAGAGAAAAACGAUGAGAUGAAGAAGGAGAAAAUUACACAUUGAUUAUUAUACGAUAAUCUGGGACUUGAAUGUGUGAAUCAAUAACUAAAUGAUAAAUAAAAACUGAUGCAUUAUGCCAUAUUAUAAAGUA